AUGGCCGCGGCCGUGCAGGUGGUGAGCCAGCUCACCGGCGAGCCGAUCCAUGCUCUCCACGAGGUCCAGGCACACUGGACGGUCCGGGAGCUCAGGGACGCGAUCGCGCGCGCCGACGUCCCCGGCAGCGAAGGCGACGAGGCCGCCUACGCUGAGGAGUGGGCUGGCUGGACAGGCGGAGGCUGGUGGCGCCAGGAAAGCUCGGCCUGGGACGGGGGAAGAGGCCUUGACGCAGGCCUGUCCAAGACGGCACCGAGCUACGAGUUGCUGGAGACCGACGGCUACAGAGCUUUCAGACGCAAGCUGGAGGUCUUCGAGAGAUGCUGCCGCAAGCGCGGCACGACCGCCAUCAGCGAGGGGGCUUUCCUGGUCAUGAACUCGCUGCAAGGAGAGGCGGCAGAGGCUACGGAGGAAAUGCACCUGGACCUGCUGGAGACAGACGACGCCUUCAGGCCGCUGUUCAAGGUCCUGGACGAGUACUACAAGUACGACAACCAGACUGAGUUGCCAGCCCGGACAAAUCAGUUUUUCGGCAGGUUCGCCCGCCAGGACAAGGAGCCGAUGAAGUUGUAUUGCCUGCGCCAUCGGCGCGACCUCAGGAAGCUGAAGGAAGUAGGCAUGGAGAUCCCAGACAUGCUGGCGGGCUGGCACCUCCUCACGAGAGCGGCGAUCCCGCCAUCGGGUGCCGCCCAGGUUCGGAGUCAGUGCGUAGACGGCCUCAGCUGGCGAAAGGUGAUGAAAGCUCUACUCGACACGUACGGAGCCGAAGGUCCGCCCGACAAGCGCGAUAUCAAACGAGUUGAGAAGAUGCUGCUCGGACAGAACGCCAAGGACGAUGCUCAUUACACGAACGACUACGAGUGGGAGCGAGGCCUAAGCUACGAAAACACGUACCUGGAGGAGGAAGAGUACGAGGACGAAGACGAGUACGAGUACGAGGACGCAGACGAGGAGGCCGAGAUCGCAGAGGAGUUGCCGCAGGACGUCGAGGACGCUCAGCUCGCGUGCGACGAGGCCUACCUGAGUUUCGUGGAUGCAAAGAAGCGCGUGGCUGAGAUCGCGACGUCCCCAGGCUUUUGCCCGAUCGUCGCCGCGGCGCCGGACAACAACUACCAGCGUGAGGCUGCGUCGAGCGCGGGAUCGACCGGGACAGGCUCGACGCAGCAGCAUGGCCCGAGGUUCACGAGGUUUCGUCGCGGCGGGUUCGCCAGGACGGAGACCGAGUCAGGCAACGUGGUCGAAGACAUCGAGACGCUGGAGCACGCGAAUUCGGCUGAGGAGGUGUUCCUGCUGACCGUCUGCAAGGGCAUCAGUGACGGAGGCGCAGCGCGGCCCGUCAUGGGCGACAACGUCUGGGCGCAGUGGGAGGAGCUGCUGCGCGUGAAGCAGUUGCCGCACGAGGUCAAGUAUGACCAGAGCGACCGACGGUUGAGGUUCGGAGACGGGAAGACGCUGGAAGCUAAGAAGGCAGUGACGUUGACGGCGUGGCCGUUCGGCGUCGAGAAACAGGUCACCAUCGACCUCGUCGAGGGGCGGGCGCCGCUGCUCAUCGCCAGGCCCUGCAUGGAGGAGUGGGGUCUCAUCCAGGACUACCGGGCAGGUGCGUUCACGAUGAAGGAUUUCCCCGACAAGGGCUGGAUGAAGUCCGAGCGCGACGAGAAGGGCCACUUCAUCAUCGAUCUGCUGGGCAGCGCCGGGGGGGAAGCGGACGACGCCAUGAACGAGGGCGCCCCCACGGACGGCGAGGAAAGCAGCGACGAUUCGACGGACAAGGACUCGAAGGGGAGCUCGGUGAAGGGCGCGACCGACGAGGGCAGCGACUCGUCGGUGCCAGAUGCCGAUGCCUACUACCUCGAGACCGCCACGGAGUUUUACGACAUCGGCAGCGACGACGAGGCGCUGACGACCGAGGAGCUCGCGGAAGCGGGGCUCACCGACAUGGACGCGGACACCUACUCAGACCUGAUCUUAGCCCUGGAGCAAGCGGAGACCGACAUGAAGGAUACGCUCAGAGGACCCCGCGAACGCGUGGUCUGGGAGGUCUUCGUGGACAAAGGGGCUUUGUCGGAGGAGCUGCUGGAGUUCCCGCAGGUCAAGGUGGUCCAGUUCAGGCAAGCCGACGGCUGGGACUUUUCCAAGCCCAGCGUGAUUCGCUGCUUCUUAAGUAAGAUCGACGAGGAGAAGCCCGACGACAUCUUCUUCGCAAGCCCGCGCAGGAUCUGGCGCUCUAGGCAGUAUGUCAACGAGAAGCUUUCGGAGGAGCCCGCGAAGGAGAUCAACCUCACCAGACAGCGAGAGGAGAGGGCGUUUCUCAAGAUGGUUCGGGAUUCGUUUGCGAAGCAGCGGAACGGUGGACGUCAUGCGUAUGUAGAAGGCCCGUGGCAAGGGCUACACUGGCAAACCACGACCUGGCAGAAGCUACCUGGAUACCACUGCCGGCUCGACCAGCGCAGGCUGGGCGCGAAGUCCGAGAUCAAGAGCAAGCUUAUGCCGUGCCACAAGCCUACGCGACCCCAGUCCACGAACAAGGAGUUCAUACACCACAUGAACAUGCAGUGCCGCUGCACCGAGGAGCACGUGGGCAUGGCCGACGACAUCGAGGAUAUCAACACCGCCGAUGAGGUUUCCAAGGAUACCGACGCCAUCGAGUACACCGACGUGAUGCAAGAGCUGAUGAAGCGUUUCAGCGCGUCGACGAUCAGGGCGGUCAAGCGCGCUCAUAUCAGCCUGGGCCACCCCUCCAACGCGGCGUCCGCAAUCGCCAUGCAGCACGCGAAGGUCGUGAACACCGACGUCUACUACGUCACCUGGAAGAACAAGGAGCGAAAGAUCUUGGUCCUGAUGGGCGAGUUCACGCGCUACGAAGUGGAUUACCCGAUCGCGAAGGAGACAUCCAAGAAGGAGGUGAAGCUGUUUCAGAAGUUGUGGAUCAGCUGGGCUGGCAAGCCCGACACCACGAGGAUGGACAUGGCAGGCUCGCGCACGUCAAGAAGGAUGCACAAGUGGAUGAGCAAGCAUAACAUCACACUCGACCUGAUCCCGAAGGGCGCGCGCCACAAGCUUGGGCCCAUGGAGCGAAACCAUGCGGCCAGGAGGGAGCAGCUCAGCAAAUACCACCUGCAGUUUCCCGACGGCUCGCUCAAGACCGCGCUCAGGAUGACCGCCAGCCAGCGGAACAUCUCACGCAACGUGCACGGGCAUUCGCCCGCGACGCUGGUGCUGGGCACACAGCCCAAGGUACCUGGCGCUCUAUGCGACGAGGACGUCGGCCUGGCGGAGCAGGCCGCGCUGGUCGACCCCAAGAGCGAGGUGCACGAAAUGAUAGUCAGGCGCGCUGCAGCAGGGACGGCUUUCAUCGAGGCCAACUGCUCUCGCGCCGUGCGAGCUGCGCUGUUGGCGCGCAGCAGGCCGACGCGCCGCGAGUACCAAAUCGGCGAGUGGGUAUGCUUCUGGCGACCCGAGAUGUCGACGGGCCUGGAGAAGUGCCAUUGGCAUGGCCCGGCGCCGGUGGCGGCGGUGGAGUCGAAGGUCAACGAGGACGACGUGAUGCACACGUCGGUGGCGUGGGUCACGCACGGGCGCACGAUCUACCGCUGCACGGUGGAGCAGCUCCGCCCCGAGCUGUCGAGCGAGACCCGAGAGCGAGAAGGACGACGCGAGGAUCCCGACAGCCCGCUCAACACCAUCGAGGAGCUCAGAAGGGCGCUCAGGCGGACCAAGGGAACCUGCAGCUUCAGUGACCUCGCCGAGGGGGGCCAGCGGCCCCAGUACGACGACACCCUGGACGACGCGGGCGCGCAGCAGCCCGGCGUCCAGGGACACCGCGAUGGAGAUCGAGCUGAACAAGAACGAGAGGAGCCGAGUGGGGCGGCUGCCGCGGCAGCUCCCGAGGCCCCCCAGCCAGCCGAGGCUGGCGAGGAGGCGGCUCCAGACCCUGCACCUUCGUGGGCCAGCGCUGCGCGGGAGCGUGGCAACGCGACGAGGGAGCCGAGCAGAGUCCACAUCGAGGCGAUGGCCAAGAGGAGCAUCGAGGAGGCUGAGAAGCUGGACGGCAUCCCAUUGGCAAAACGCGCCCGCAUGUCGUGGGCCAGGCUCGCGCCUCAGCAGGAGGAGUCGCGUCUCAUCGAGGAGGUGGGCGACGAGAUGAUGCUGUUGGAGGAAUCCACCGAGAUGGUUUACAUGCUGGCUUUCAAGAGGAAGGUGCCCGCCAUCGUGGAGGGGGAGCUCACAUCCGAGGAGCGGGAGCAGUUCUACGCGGCGAAACUGGAGGCCCUCGAAGUGUUCAACAAGAGCGACGGCUGGGAGCCCAUCGACGAGGCGGAGGUGGACCCAGCGGCGCGCUGCCCGCUACGCUUUCUGCUGAAGUGGAAGGUGAAGGACGGGCAGCGAGUGGCCAACGCGCGAGUGCUCUACCAGGGUUUCAAGCACCGCGACGUCGCCGAGGGCCAGCUCGACAAGGAGGCGCCCACGUUGAGCAGGCUCGGCCGGCACGCGGUCAUGCUCUGGGCGGCCUUGAGGAAGUGGAGGCUGUUCGCUGCGGAUGCGAAGUCCGCGUUCUUGCAGGCCGAGGACGUCAGCGCUCACGGCAUCAAGCUGUACGCGAGCCCGACGAAGGAGAUGAGGGAGAUUCUUGUACACCAGAUCGGCCUGCAACCAGGACAGUUGCUCAAGAUGAUCGAGCCGUGCUUUGGGGACCCGCGGUCGCCCAAGCUCUGGCACUACCGCUCCGACGAAGUCACGAGGGAGAUCGGGUUCAAGAACCACUGGCUCGAGGAUUGCUUGCUGCUGUCCUUGCGGGCCGCGCGACCCUCGGACGACCCGUCCGACGUGUGCAGCUUCGACGGCCAGACGCUCGUGGUGGACGGGCUGAUCGGCAAGCACGUGGACGACUUCAUCGGCUGCGGCGAGAACGUGAGUUGCGAGGAUGACCUGCACGCCAAGCUGGACGAUGCCGAGUGCUUCCAGGCGCGGCUGGGCACGCUCAACGAGAAGUUCAAGUUUGGCAAGUGGGAGCCCCUGAGCACCUACGCGGCCAUCAUCAAGUUCGUAAAAUACAUGCACGCGGCGAAGCCGAUCACCGUGGAGAAGCACCGGCGGGCGGAUCCCACCAGUGCGCUGUCGCCGAAGGAGCUCACCAGUUUCAGGACCCUGAACGGCCAGUUGCAGUGGCCGGCAGCCCAGGGAGUUAUCAUCGCGGGGGCGACCGUAUUGUUCAGAGCCGCGGCGACUGGACACGCGACGGUGCAGGACUUGCUGGACGCGAACAAGGAUUUACGGCUCCUGAAGGCCAACGCGGACGUGGGGCUGUACUUCGGCUUCGACAAGCCGUGGAGUGAAUUGCGCGUUGGAGUCUACUCAGAUGCGAGCUGGACUAGCCGACCUGACGGAAGUUCCCAAGGAGGCUAUCAGAUCUUCGUCGGACCCGAGGACGAGCUCAACGCCGGCACCCCGACGCCGUUCGUGGCCAUGGAGUGGGCCUCGAAGAAGCUGGUGCGACUGUGCAGGAGCUCAUUGUCCGCCGAGGCGCAGGCCGCGGCGAUGGGAGCCGACUCGCCGAUGUGGGUGAAGGUUUUUUUGGCCCUGAGUCUGAGGCCCGACCUCGCACACGACGCCGCCAUGACAUACCUCGGAGAGUCGCCGUUCAUCACAGACGCUAAGUGCCUCCACGACGCCUCGCGGUCAGCUACGGCGGGAUUGGGCAUCGCGGAGAAGAGGGCGGCCAUCGAGGUGAAGAUCGUGAACGAGCAGCUGGCGGAGGUCAACGCUAGGUGGAAAUGGGUGAACACCCAGCAGCAGAUGGCGGACGGACUCACCAAGCUUUCGGCACGCCAGAUGAUGGCAGAUGUGUUACGCCGUGGAGUUCAUGCCUUGCGCUACGACCCCGACUUCGUGGCCGGCAAGAAGCUCACCAAGCGCGCGAUGGAGCAAUGCGAGAAGGAGCUGGACCAGGCAGGAGAAGAGUUGCUCGACACCUUCGAGAAGGAGCCCGUGGCGAAGGCGAAGGCCAAGGCCAAGACGCGCCAUUUUGGCGCGAGUGGAGCUCGUUUGGCAGCUACGUUGGCGGCUACUGGAGCGACAGGCUCUGGAGCUGAGUUGGUGCAGUGUACGCCCAGCGGCGUCGAGCUGUUCAACCCACCGACCAACGACGACUGGAACAACCUGCUGGUGAAGCUGGCCAUGUUCGGACUCAUGAUGGCGAUGCUCGUGGCUUUUGGCUGUGGGUUCUCGGUCGGCACCUGCUGGACACGCUGGACUAACACGGACCCGGAGCAGAAAAGCAUCAAGCCGCUGGAGCCGGAGACCGAGCCGAACCCCAGCAAGACGGAGAAGCGCUACGCCGAGGUGACCGAGAUGAUGACGACAGGUGUGAACAUCAAGCGACCUCGCCAGAAGAAAGUGCGCCACAUGAUGUGCCAGUCUCAGUGCCGCUACAACCAGGACGUGCAGACGCCGAGGUUCCAGCCGCUGCCCCAGUACGCACAUG